CUCUAUAAUGUGACAUGAAGUUUCAGAGAGGCUACAGCUUGGACAAAGUCAAUGCACCGACUAAUGAUCAGCUAGCUUUUCUUUCCAUGGAUCUGAAACAGUGAACUUAACUUGUUACUGUUUUUCAUGCACUUUCUUUGUCAUAGUUUCUUACACUUGAUCAUUUGGAGCAAGAACCAAGUUUCUCAUUGCUGAAAAGAAGCUAUAAAAUUCAGAAUCAAAACAAGUAUUAUAUAUGUCUGUUAUGGACAAGUUCCGAAAUGAUUGACUAGGAUAUCCAAACGCAUAAUAUGCCUCAAGACGGUCUGAGAUCAGUCAUAUACAGGUCGUUUGUCACAUGUGACGAUCCUAAAGGAGUUGUUACUUGUAAGACAGUCAGAAAAUACAAAACAGAUUGCCAAAGGAAAAAGAUGGAGGAUAAGAGUGAAAUCAGCCGGCGAAAAGCAAAGAGCUUAAGUGCGUCUUCGGAGUAUUACAACCCGAAAAUGGAGGAGAUAAUGAUGGCCUCAAAAGGGUUGGCGAGCAAAGAAGAGGAAACUCACAGCCCAUCUUCAUUUCAGCUAAUGGAGGUCUCUAGAGGAGCUCAAAAGCUGAACCACAUGAUAGAGUCUUGGUCCAAGGGUGUGAAGUUUGAUGGGCAAUCCAAGGACAUUGCAAGGGAUUUGUUGAAAGGAUCUCUUGAUCUGCAAGAUUCUUUGAUCAUGCUUGGUAAACUACAAGAGGCUUCACGGUACAUGUCUCAUCUGAAGAGGCAACAGAUCAUGGAGAGCUCAGAAAGAGGUAGAUAUGAUGAUCAUGAUCAUCAUGAUUAUCAUAAUUAUCAGUUAAGGGACAAAUACCCAAUGACAGGAUUUCAAAAUCCUAGGACUUCCUUUGGUGGGGCCUCUUCUAGGAGUUCAACAGAGGAGCUUAAGAAGGUUAUAAGAGAGAGCCUUGUGAGUCAGAAUUUUAUGUCCAAGUCUAGAAAACCUGAAAGGGCCUGUUUUGCACAUAGAAGUUUGGACUCAUCCUCAACUUCAGAUCAAUCUCCCUCCACAACCAGUUCAAGCCAGUUAUCCUUGGCUCGUCCCGCCACCGAAUCACCUACUGAUUCUUCAUCAGCAGCAGAUUCUCAGACUGCGAAAGGUCCAAAUCUGAUUGCCAAGCUGAUGGGGCUAGAAGAAUACCCUUUAAGGCCUUUUGAAGCCACUCCACAGAGAGGGUUUGAGGGGCAUAAUAUGAUUCCAAGCGAGCGGAGGCCUGUCUUCGAUAUUGACAUGCCAAAGGCAAGGAAGCCUCAGUAUGCGGUUCAGAAGGCAGGUCAGGAGAGAAAGACCCUGAAGGAAAUUCUUGACACUAUGCAGUUUAAAGGGCUUCUGAGAAGCAAUGCUGGAAAAGGGGUUCAACCCUUUUCGGAUCAAUCCAAUGCUUCCCAUUUUAAGCAGAGAUUGGUUGGUGAUGGUCCACCUAUAGUACUCAUAAAGCCUCUUCGCGUGCCACCAAUCGAAACAAAAGAGAUACAAACAAUUAGACCAUUGCUUGAAGAAGAGGACCCUUUGUACAGAAGAAAGAUGCUGAGGAAACUGAGAAGAAAAGAAGAGCUUCAUCCCAAGGAAAUCGGUUACAAAGAAGUGAAUUUGAAGUCCGAUAAAAUUCGCAGGAGGUCAGAAGCGGAAGGAGGUAAGGAGCAAAGAGUGAUAGUUGAAGUACCAGAGGAGAAAGAGGUAGUUGUUAAAGAGAAUUCUUCAGUUAAGUUGAAAGUCUCUCGUCCUGUAAACCACAAACAACAGAAAAAUAAGGCCAUUGAAAAGAGAGCUGACGAGAUUCAAAAGGUCACCACUAUUAACAGGAAGCCAUUGGAGAAGGAGGUAGUAAGAACUAAAAGUGUUCCGAAGUCUGAAGAUCAAGCCAAGAAGCUCUCAAUUAAGGCAGGAAAGACGGAUUCUAAAUCAAACGUCGGGAAGAUUCAAAAUUCUAGACAACUGAGUAGUAACAAGUCAAGUGCCAUCAAACAUGGAGAAAUUGCAGCUUGUAAUUCUUCUUUCCGAACAAAGAACCGAACAAAGAGAGAAAAGACUGGGAAAAAGCCUACAGCAGCUAAAUCAGUUACUAAAACUUGUGGACUUGAAGAGGACGAGAAGAAGAUUAAAGUUAUCAAUGGAAGCGAAUACCGUGAAGUAUCGAUCGAGAUUGAUCCCGAAAAUAAUAAAGUUAAGGAUCAACUCCCUAAAGAAGAGGAAGCAGAUAUCUAUGAUUCAAAGAUUGAAGAACGUUGCAGUCAUAGCCACAGUUCUACUUGUGAUGCCACACCAUCAACACCAUGUGCCGACCAUGAAAUACACGGUAGAAUUACAGAACAAGCUCCCAAAGACAUCGGUCUUUGUACGAGUACAGAUGGAAAAGCCAUCAAAAGCGAAACCGGUCUGAGAGCUCUCCUCUUGAGCAGUCUCUCUUUUCAAAACCAUGUAGAGGAGCUUUUUGAUCUCAACAUGAACGGCUCUACCAUCUUACAAACAUCUUACAUCGAAAACUUCGGGGAAUCCAGUACCAGACUUUUGUUGGGUUGCGCAAAGGAACUCAUUGACCGGAAGAAAAGCCUUCAUGAUUCACAAACACUCCGUCCUCUUAUACCGACACGCGCAGGCAAACCGAGGCGCUGCAGCGUCUCUCUAGAGACAUUGGUUGAGGAAGUCUGCAGAGGGAUUGAGGCUCUAAAAAAAUACAGCAAGAUUGAUGGUGAAAGUCUUGCAGUGGAUGUCUUGUAUGCAAUGUUGGAGACAGAUUUAACCUGCAAUGGAUUUGUAAAUGGGAUUUGGGAUUCCGGUUGGAGAGCCGGAUUUUUUUCAUGGGAUGAAGCUGAACAAGUUGUGAAUGACAUAGAGAAACUGGUCUUGAGUGGACUCAUUGAGGAGGUCUUCACUUGAUGUUUGGUGCUUAAGUGUUGUAACAAAUAAUUUUGUUUGGCAAACAAGGUUAGUGAGAAUCUCACUGUUUCUUUUUUUUUCUUUUUUGGUUUGACAUGUUGUAACAAGUUGUAUUGGAAUAUGAUAGUGCUUAUAUGAUAAAUAUAGAUAUACAACUUAUUGCGACAUGCCAAACAAAGGCUUUAUGCAUAUGACUAGAUGAGAUUUGAGGGAUGCUAA